AUGCCUGGUGGACAGCAGUUUGCUGUUGUGCAGUUUAUCCAGCUGAAGAACUGGGCUCCCAUCUACUUGAACGAAGAAGGCUUGGGAAGGCAGGGGCGGCUCAACAUGGCGUUGCCCUUUCAGGAGAUAAUCGACGCAGAGAGCGCGGAUUUCUGUGAUUCCAUCCCCGUGGUUUGCGGCAACCUGUUCCACGAUCGGAAAUGGACAGACACCAUCCGCUGCCUGUCCCGCAAAGUUCUAACUGGCCAAGUCCGCCUUGCCAAUGGGGACUACAAGUCUGCGAAGCUCACAUUCGACAAGGCUGUGGCACAAGCCGAGGAAAUCACGGGCGACCUUCACCCCGAAACUCUCAGGUAUAAGUCAGAGCAGGCUCGUGUCUACCUCUACUUGGGCAACGUCACCAAUGCUGGAGAUUUAGCUCUCCUUGCAGUCGCCCAACAAUUCGAGCUUUCCACCCAAAGGCAGAUCACUGAUCUAGACAUGGCGUAUCUGUGCAAGCUGCUGCAGACCAGUCCUCGGGAUGAGCCGUUGACACGAGUCAGCAAGCUCCUCGACUUGGUCCUCAAAAAGGGCCCAUUGUCGGCAACGCUCCAUCUCUUCCUCGUCUCGACUCUGCUACUUGUAGCCAGAAUCGAAGUUUGCAGGUUCCGGUUGACCACCCGAAAAGGCUCCGGCGCGGACUUAGCCUCCGCCAAGCAAAUCUGGGAGUCACUGCACGAUUUAUGGGGCUAA